AUGGCCCUUAAAGUGCAAGGAGGAAAAAGACCAGAUCUAACCCCAUACCACCCCAGAAUUGCUGCAGGCGCCUACUAUGAAGCUCACCAGCAACUCCGUGUCAUCGCCGCCCGUUACCUCAAACAGCAGAACUACGAUGCCGCCGCGGAUAUCUUAGCAGGCGGCGCAAAGGCUCUUCUGAGAGUUCCUGCUGCGUCCGCGUCCGGUGGGGACUUGGCGAUCAUGUUGAUUAUUGAUGUGUAUAACAAGGCGGAGUGGGACGUUGGCGGGGAUGAGGUGGGGAGGGCGAGAAAGAAGCGGUUGAUUGAGCUGCUGCGCGAGUUUCCGCCUGAGGAGCCUACGAGGAGGAGAUAUAUGAAUGAGCUGAUCUCGUGGAGCGCGCGGUUUGGGAAGCUGGAGAGAGGAGAUCCUGAGAUACAUCAUGAGAUUGGGGUGUUAUUUGCGCAGGAGAACGAACCCUACGACGCAGAACGACACCUGGCCAUUGGCACCCCCGCCUCUGCCGAAAUCCUCGCCGACCUCGAAUACGACUGGUACACGAACGACGAACCCCACACGGCAGGCACCUACGCUUCCCGCGCAGUUUUUCCCUUCCUCCUCACUGGCAACCUACGUGACGCCAAUAAAGCUUUCUCAGUCUUCACCAGUCGCCUGUUGUCCUCAGAAUCCAGUAAAGUCCUAAAUGUCCAGCAAGUCAGCAGCCAGAGCGCAGAUGGAGGUGGACGGAUUGGAGAGUGCGUUGGCGCAUAUCGGUGA